AUCACUCUCUGACUCUGAAUUCCCUUCUGUAAGUAAUGGCGUUCGUCACCGCUGCACCUCCACCUGCUCUCUUCUCUCUCUCCCCUUCUUCUGCUUCUUCUUCCAUUUCCAGUUUCCGGAUACGAGCUUCUUCCUCCUUCCAUCUCCCUCCAUCUCCGACUUCAAGGUUCAAGCCAAGGCAGGUCGCCUCGCCUCCGCCGCCUGCAGCUGUGCUCCGCGUGUUGUUCGCUGCCGGAGGCACCGGCGGCCACGUCUACCCCGCGAUCGCCAUCGCCGAGGCGCUCAAGGACGCCUCCCCUGACGCCGAGAUCCUUUUCGUCGGAUCGGACGCUGGACUCGAGGGCUCCGCUGUGCCCUCCGCCGGCUUCGCCCUCGCCGCCAUCCCCCGGGCCCGCCCUUCCCUUCCCCCCUUCUCCUCCGCCAACCUCCUUCUCCCCUUCCACUUCUUCCGCGCUGUCUCCUCGAGCGUGAGGAUCGUUCUCCGCUUCCAGCCUUCCCUCGUCGUCGGCACCGGUGGCUACAUCGCCGCGCCUGUGUGCCUCGCUGCCGCCUUGUGCGGCGUCAAGAUCGUUAUUCAGGAGCAGAACAGCUACCCUGGACUCGUGAACCAGCUCACCGCCCGCUUCGCCGAUAAGAUCUUCGUUGCUUUCAAUGGAUGCGUGAAGCACUUGGAGAGGAGGAAGUGCUUGGUCUACGGGAAUCCGGUGAGGCUCGCGCUGCGCCGCUUUGUGUCGAAGGCCGUGGCGCGGUCGCAUUUCUUCCCCAAGGCGGGGUCGAAGAGUGUGGAGGAGAAGGCGCAGGUCGUCCUGGUGCUCGGAGGCUCCGGCGGCGCCGAAGCAAUCAACAUUGCGGCUCUGAACAUGUACUCAGAAAUGUUAUCACGGCACAAGAACAGGUUCAUCAUUUGGCAGACAGGAGCCGAUGGAUUCAACGAAAUGGAGUGUCUUGUUAAGAUCAACAGAAGAUUGUUUCUUACCCCGUUCUUGCAUGAAUUGGAUUUGGCUUAUGCUGCUGCUGAUGUGGUCGUUUCUCGUUCUGGGGCAAUGGCUUGCACAGAGAUCUUGACCACAGGGAAGCCAUCAAUUCUGAUACCGUCCCCUGAUGCUGCAGAUGGUCAUCAAAUUAAAAAUGCAUACAUUAUGGCAGAUGUAGCAGGAUCGAAGGUCAUCACAGAAGAUGAGCUUGAUUCUAGUAGUCUUGAAGAUGCAAUUGACAAUAUCCUAGGAAAUGAAAGUCUCAUGGCUGAAAUGUCUGAGAGGGCACUGAGUGCUGCACGUCCUGAAGCUGCAGUUGAUGUCGCAAAAUGCAUUAUUUCUCUCAUCAACUCAACCUCUUCAAACUGAAUUGGAUAUCGUAGAAACAGUAUCCAUCCUUUUUAAUAAUGCUUUGAUCCCCCCGGCAAUCAGAUAUAGAGUUGUUUUCAAUUCUUUUUGCCAAGUCGUAUGCAACUUAUUGACAGUUAGGUUGAGUUUUUCAUGUUCGUAUUUGGGUUAACUGCAACCAAAUCACUUUCGAUGAAUCAAUCGUUUAGCUAUCCAUGCAAAAUGGCACUGUUGUGGAUUCUUUCCAUGAACUCAUUUGUUGUGUCUUGAGGAUGUUCCUUUCAGAAAAUAGAGCUUGAAUAGACUUUACAACUGAUGCAGCAUGUAAAUUAUGUGUUAAAUGAAUUGUUUUCUAGGUGUUUUCGAGCACCUUCUCUGCCA